AUGGCCGAAAAGUAUCUCGACAUCAAGAAAUUGGCAGGCAAGUUUAGAGUCAACAACCUCAACGAACACUAUGAAAUCUUGGGAGAGUCUGCUGAGACCGUCGACACAGUCAUCGACAACUUCGUCACCAAGAGGCUCAACGACAUGCAGGGCCUCUUCGUCUCCAUCCACUACACCGAUCUCAAGACUUUCACCAACUCGUCAGGCCACCUGCGAGUCGUCCUCAACGCAAACCACAAAAAUCCUGACCAGUUCCUGCCCGCCUUGGAGGUUGUACUCUACAUCGCCGAUAAAGUAGCAGGACUGAAGCUGACAGCCAACGCCAAGGCCAGAGCUCUGAAGGCGAGAGAGGCCUACAACCAGCUGAAGGAGAAGGAAGAGCUGGAGAAGCACAACGAGGAGCUGAGGAAGAAGAAGGAGGAGAAGCUAAGGCAGGAGGACGCCUGGAUCCGCAGCCUUCCUCCCGAGAAGCAGAAGAGGGAGGAGGAGAAGAGGAAGAAGAAGGAGCUUAAUAAGAUGAUGAAGGGAAAAGUGCUUAAAAUGUGA